AUGAAAGAAACAAAAGUGACUGAAGGAACAAAAGAGAGUUAAAGAUCUGCGUUCAGUUUGAUUUAAAGUGAAAAUAAAUCCACGAGGUGGUAAAGUGGUGUAAGAUUGGAGUGGAGUUAAAGAGAAACGUGUUACGUUUAUUUUUCAGGGCAGACACAUAUCCCUGGAUUGGCGCGAGUUCCCGCACUGCCCCGGGUUCCUGGACUGGCGCGAGGGACCUUUUCCGACGCAUCAAGUCCGUUCACUCCCUACCUACGGGAAUCAGAACCGUACAGGAGGAAUAAGCAUCACGUCGGCAACAACGUCACCGCGAAUUCGGUUAGUGGUGCCUGUACCAACCCCAACAACACCGAUCCGACCGCAUCGCCUGCUUCCAGUACACACCUCGGAGCUAAUAGUGGCUCCUCGGCUCAUCAAGAUUGCUACAAACACAGUCCUCAGCAUGGUGGUGAGUCUUACAUCUUCUGCUCUAGCUUUCGUGCUUCUUUCUCAACGUUAUAACAGCAGACUAAUUUUAUAUAUAUAUAUAGUGAUAUGACUAAUUUUUGGUACAUUAUGUUGGCCGUGUGUAGACUGUAAAACAAUAAAUUUAUGGAAAAAUGAAAGCAGUGAAAAACAUUCAGUUUAUACAUAUACUAAGUAUCUAGGUACAUAGGUAUAUAGUUGGCAGUAUAAUUUUCAGGUCAAGAAUUAGUAAAAUAUCGUUUGGAUUAUUGAAGAAUUCAACAUCUUCAUAUAUAUAAUACUUAUAUAUCUACUAAGAAAUUGAUGCUCUUGACGUUGGUAUAACAUAGUACAUAUUAAGCUUCUGCAACUUUGAUUUUCUUCCUUGUAUGUUUCAAGGAUUGAUUGAGACAGAGGUAUUGGACAGUUUUCUCCUAUUUCUCGUUACAAUGUUACACAGGUUGCAGAUAUAAACGAAACGGAUCGAUUCGAAUCAGAAUGUCCAAGCUACGUGGCUGAUUAAUUAACAGAGCCACUUGCACAAUUACAGUAAUAUUGUUAGUGAAAUUUUAUGAGUCACGAGUUAAUACAUCCUGUUGUAUAAUAGUAACAAGUCUGUUAAUAGAACGAAUGGAAUUUCAUACUUAAUUACAUAAAUGAAAAGUCAUUUGGUCCCGUCCAUCCUCAUGCGAAAUUACAAACUGUAAAUGAGAAGUCUGCGCAAUUGUACCCUAUCAAUUCAUUAAUAUCGUUAGCUAGUUAAUUAAUAACGUUACAAGUUGUAGAUUAUAAAUUUCUCAUUUACAGUUUCACGUAAAACUGGAUUGAAUAGAUUGAAAUAA